UGGCAGAACGAGCUGUCCACAAUGCCACCUUCCCAGUCCCUCUGCCACAGCAGGAAUACCGUGGCAAUGAACCCAGUUGUCCCCAAACCCCAUGUCUCGCCCCAAAUCACUAUUGCCGCUGUCAGUACAUGUAGAGCCGCCGAUUUGGUAUAUAUCUUCCUCAUGCACUUGACGUCUGAACGACCCCCCUUCAAAACUGCUUCAUUUAAUCCUUCACAUCCAAAUACUCUUGCAACCAAUGACUAAUAAGCGAUGACCCUGUGGCGCUUCAUCACAACAACAGCAGUCGCGAUCCUCCUCAGCACCUUCCACGCCCUUACAUCACCUUCCCCUCUCCCGAAUCUCCACUCCGCCACCACCACAUCGACAUGCAAACGCAAUCACCAUUUUCAACCUCGACAGUCCCAAGGACAACACGAUAGCCGGCAGGCGAGACAUCCAAAAUGCAAUUCUCAAUAUCUUUCCUCUAUCUUGCAUACCCUCAAUACGCCUGCGACCGUCGAGAACGUGACCCCUGUCCCUGCGAACGGCUCCUACGGUGAAGGAGCCUCCGACCCUGCAUACCCAGUGAACCCCACCAAUCUCCCUCCGCUAUGCGCCGUCACCUUCCAAAUCGACUACUCCACCAUGGCGAGCUACCGUUUUGGACUGUUCUUGCCUGAUAAGCUCCCUUCGACAAAGAGGUUGCUCGUGGUGGGAAAUGGGGGCUUCUCCGGUGGUAUCAACUGGCUUGACAUGGCAGCAGGUCCCCACCACGGCAUGGCCGCCCUCUCGACCGACACCGGUCACAAUUCGACUGCCCUCGAGACCUCCUGGGCACAUGGCCACGCCGAGAAGAAGGAACUCUGGGGCUGGAGAGCCAUGCAUGGUUCCGUUGUUUUGGGGAAACAGAUCUUUCAAAGAUAUUACCAACAACUUGACCAUGACAAACUCUGGACAUAUUACAGCGGUUGUUCGACCGGUGGCCGCCAGGGAUUGCGAGAGCUACAGGAAUUCCCCGACAGCUUCGACGGCGCACUGAUUGGGGCCCCUGCCUGGUGGACAGCGCGGCUGAACCCGUUCUUGAUGCAGGUAGGCUUGUACAAUGUGCCUGCCGACGACUCGAACCCGUACCAUAUUCCAUUGAACAAGUUCUCCUUGCUACUCGAAGAGGUCAUCAGACAGUGUGACAAUGUGGAUGGAGUACAGGAUGGCAUUGUCAGCAGUCCUGACAAGUGCGGGUUUGAUCUUGGAACCUUGGUUUGCUCAGAGUUUGGGACAAACAUCAGUAAAUGCCUGACUGCAGAGCAGGCAGAGACAGCUAGGAAGGUCUAUGAAGGGUGGCUCUCCGAGGAUGGGGAGUUGCUGUACCCUGGUUUGACACUCAGCUCUGAGAAUCAGUGGUCGAUCUUGUUGGGUGGGACGGUACCGAGCCCGUAUGGCCUGGGGUAUGUUAGAGACUUUCUGUUUGAUAAUGACGACAAGGAGUUGGAUUGGACUGGUACCUCAAAGCUUGGGAAGGAUACUAUCGACAAGGCACAAAGACUGGAUCCUGGUCAUUCUUCAGCUAUCCAGUACGACAUCUCCAACUUCAAGGACCGAGGUGGCAAGGUGAUCUUGUAUCAUGGUUUGGCAGAUGGCCUGGUACCGGAGAAGGGGUCCUGGUGGUACUAUAACAAGACCAUUGACACAUUUGGGGCCGACUUGGAUGCGGUACGUGAGUUCAUUCGGUAUUUCCAAAUUCCUGGCAUGGGACACUGUUUUUCAACACCGGAUUGCAAGCCGAAUGCACCAUGGAAUAUUGGAGGCGCUUUUCAGGCAGGACUUAUGGGGAGCGAUACUUGGUCCGUACCGGGGUUUGAGGAUGUCGACCAUGAUGCUUUGUUGGCACUGAUGGCGUGGACCGAGGAGGGGAAGGCGGUCGACAAGCUUGUUGCCACGACUUGGCAUCGGCCAACUGACUCAAACACGGGCGUGUUCAUUCAACGACCCAUAUGCCCUUGGCCAGAGAAGGCUGUUUACGACGGGGUUGGUGAUGUGAAUGAGGCUGGGAGUUGGGAGUGUGCUAUGGAAAAGGUGAGCUGCUGUCGGAAUGGCAAAGGCGGGUGGAGAGCUAAAAAGGGGUGGCUGCCAAGCGGCUAGACAGGGAUGGACAAGAGCUUAUUUUGACAUCACAUGUCGAUCGUCACGUUCACAACGUCUUCACCAAAACUUGGCUUUCCACACUGCACCUUUGGUCUUCAUCAAAGGAAACAUGAUGCAAACCUAGAAACCCACCACAAAUAGCAAACUUGUUCAUGAUUUACACAGAACGCUUUUCAAGUCGGACUACGUUACCGUGGUACAGUAUACCAUGUCAUUUCUCCGAAGGCACUUAAAAUGUAUAUCA